UGACUUUACCUACGCUGACUGCGCCCGCCACUCGGCUAGCGCCGCGCACUCUCUGCUCUCUCUCUGAUUUGCGCCAUUUUGAUCAAAUGAUGAAAAUCAGUGAUUGAAUGAAAAUCGAGUCUUACAUGUUCAUAGAAAGUUAAAUACUUUCGACAAUGAGUUACUCAAGAGGAGCCCCAAAUAUUGAUGGUAUGACAUCUUUGAAAGUAGAUAAUUUAACCUAUCGUACUACGCCUGAAGACUUGAAAAGAGUUUUUGAAAAGUAUGGAGACGUUGGUGAUGUUUAUAUUCCACGCCAUCCUUAUACUCGAGAAAGUAGAGGUUUUGCAUUCGUUCGUUUUUAUGAUAAUCGAGAUGCUGAAGAUGCCAUGGAUUCUUUAGACGGAUAUAUCUUGGACGGACGGGAAUUAAGGGUACAAAUGGCAAGAUAUGGUCGUCCUGGGGAUCCCAGGCGCGGAUCAAGAUCAAGUCGUAGACGUCGAUCACGAUCCCGCUCGAGAAGUCGUAGCCGCCGCCGAUCUCGAUCUAGAUCUAGGCGAUCUAGAUCACGCUCCCGCUCCAGGCGACAUCAUAGCCGAUCCCGCAGUCGUUCGGGAAGUCGUCAUCGUAGGGAUGAUAGAUCAAGGUCUGAAAGUAUGAGCAAGAAGAAGAGGAAAGAUAGCAGAUCUAAAAGUCGCUCAAGGAGUCGAAGCCAUGAUAAAAAUGGAACGAGAGGAAGCAAAAGUGUCAGCAGAAGCAAAACUCGUAGCCCUAGCAGGAGUGUGAGUCCUGCAAAGGAUAUUAAUGCUAAUGACGCUAGGCGAAGCAUAAGUCGAAGCAGAUCACAGAGUGUUGAAGGAGAUGUUUGAUUGAUGUUUUAGACCAGAUAGGAAUUCUAUCUUCACUUUGAGCUGAAAAUGAAAUCCUCAGCUAAUUUUAAAAGGUUAAAUUCUUUUUGUAUGUUUUUGUAUUUUCAUUAAUUGAUGUGAAUAAUAUCUUGCAUAUAAAAUAUCUAAAACUCAUUAUACAUCUUUCUUCAUGUUUUGUUGGGUACUAGGUAUGAUAUUUUUCGUUUAUAAUUUUUCAUCAUAACACUAUAAAAAGUGUUGUGAAUUAAUUUGUGUUGCAUAUUGUUCAUCUUUGCUGUAAAUAGCACAACAUUUCAUGCAAACAAAUUUGUAAAAGAAAAUGUGAGCAAUCUCUUUAAAAUUAAAAAAAAGUAUUUCAAAAAUUUCGUUGUAAGUGUGUCAUAUUUAAUUCUAUUAAGAAAAAAUUCAUUGUUCCUGUCAUCAAUUGUUCAAAUUUUAUACAUAUAGAACAUGGGUUUAUUAUUCUUAUUUAUGUAGCAGAAGUGUAUUACAUAAGAAAAGUAUCUGUAAAAUAUGAGUAAUUAGUUUCAUGUAAUUUUCUUGAUAGAUAAUAUGUUUAGUGAAAGUAGCAAAUAUUUUUAUUUCUGCUUCAAGACUGAAAAUUUCUAAUCAUCAUGUGCAUUUCUCUGGAAUUUCGGAGCAUGAGUUGUAUUAAUUAUCUGCACAAUUCUAAUCAAAUUGUUUCUGAUAAAGCAGCUUCUGUAAGUAAGUAACAUAACUCAUACUGGAAAAUGCGUUGGGCUCUAAUAUUUCCUUGCUUGUAUGUGAUUUUUGACUAAAAACAUAAAAUAAACAUUUUCUUUGUAAACAUCGCAUUAUUUAACAUUUCAACACAUUUUUUUUUUUUUAAUGUUAUCCAAUAUUAUAUGUAAAUUCCUCAUGUGAGUCCAUGAGAAUGAUGAAACAUUUUAAAGUGGUUAAAAGCAAUUUUUAAGGUUGUGGUGGCAAAUAUGUAUGUCUUAAUGUGGCAAAACUGUUCUGACACGUUUUGUAUUGUCUGUAACCGCAGGCGCAGUAGUAUGCUGUAAUUGGGGAAGCUGUGUGGCAGUCGCAUGGUGCUGUUCCUGUGCUGUGCUGUCCUCCCGAGCCUGGUCCUGAAUUCCAGUUGCUGAUAAAAUUCCGGGUUCCAGCAUAGCAGUUGUUCCGGGGAUAGUAGCUGAGCAUUUUUUCUCUUAAGAGAUAUAAUUUGAGGGAUCCCCUCGUUUAUAAAAAUCAUGCAUGGUAGUUUAAAAGAAGGAGUUUUUGAAGCAUUUGCUUCUGAUCCAAUUUUAUAUUGGCGCUAAAUGGAAACUUUUUAUUUUCCGUUUUCAAGAGUUGGAACCCCUUCGAUUAAAACAUAUUCCAUAAAUUUAAUUUAAUAUAAAUUUUAAUUUUUCUUAAGUCAAUAGUUUUCCCCCAAUUAAUACACAAUUCAGGAUCUUUUACUGUUUACUCGACGUUUUAAACAAACUUAUAGAAACAUUUGUUCUAAUGUUUUUUUAAAAAGUUAAAUAGAUCCUUUAACAGUAGUCAAAGAACUAUAUGACUGGUUGUACUGUAGCUCAUAUUUUUUGCUGUAAUACUUAAUAUAUUUGAUUCUAUUUUCAGGCAAAUGCAAGUCACUAAUUAUGUAAAGCAAGUAAUAUCGGUUCUAUUCAUAUCUCAUUCUUGAUAAAUAAAAUAGUUUUGAA